GAGCGCUCCCUGCAGCGACGUGGACCUUCGACUGCCCCAGCACCCGCCGUCCACUCCCUAUGCUUGCGCCUCGCGCCUCGAGUGCAUUCGUAUGCCUGCGCUGCGAGCUGACUCAGGCCCGUUCGCGCCUUGCCGCUCUCCCUCGUCGCGUGCCGCAUGCCUCCUUCUCCGCGUCCAGUCGCCGCCGCCACGAUGCAGCUGGCGAGGACCAUGACACGGAAUCGAGACCACGAUUUCGCAUAAAUGCGCAGAGAACGCAGUUGAGCGAGCAUCCGCUCGGCAUCCGCGUACGCAAGCGGAAAGGAGGGGGCCAUCUUCGAGAGACCACCGCGCGUCUCGAGGGUGCCAAAACGCUCGGCGAGGAUGCCUCGAUCAUAGUCUUGGAGGAGUUGGGUGAGCGGAAGAAGCAAGAACUCAUACCGGCGCCCCCGCCCCAGGACGACGACCAGAUACCCCUCAAGCUCGCCGAGGCGCUUGCUGAUGAGCGACCCGCCACUCUCGACGAGGUCGUGGAACAGCUCGACAAGCUGCGCCAGAAGGCCACCAACGACGAAGCCAUCGUGGAAGAAGGACACUAUGUCAACCAGACCGUCUAUUUCAGACUAUCAAGCCACCUCUUCAAAUCCUUCACUGGCAGGCAGCUCUCGCAUUACUAUUCGGAAAGAAAGGGCGUGGAGAAAGAUCGGGUGCCGCAGGAGGUCAGGGACCGGUUAAAGCAGGAUCAGCUGAAGGGAACCGCCAAACGGCCUUCUAUGCGCUCUGAAUGGACUCCUGGAACGACACAGAUAGACAGACGCUUGCCGAGCUUGGACGUCCAUUCUCAAAAGAAGCGCAAGAACAUUGCCAAGCACCUACUGGUCGACCAGAUCCUGCGCGAUGUAUGGAAGCUGAUAAUGCUGGAAGAGCUCGAGGCCACUGGCGAGAUCGAAUUGGCACUAAAGGAUUGGCAGCUGGCCAUGCUCACUUCGGGAAGCGAAUCAGCACUGGAUAGAAUUGGGCAAAACCGCAAAGCCAGGCUCGAAGUGAACACCGCCGACAAAGUCUUGCGCAUCACGGCCGACAAACACACGGCCGAAUACGCAGCGAAUGAUGUAGAGCAACUCCUACAGGCAUCAGAAACACAGCGUUUUCACUUCAGCACAUGGGUACCGCAUUUGGAAACUAUCGAUGGCGCCGAGCCUACGAUUGAACGUGUCUUUCCAGACGACGUCCUGGCAACUGUGACAUCCCUGACAGGAGCCCAGCUCCAUCGCGUCACGGACAAGAUUAUUGUACGAGCUCUGGAUAAAGAGACCAUUGCAGAGGCGGUACGAUGUCUGAUCAAGGUCUUGCCACUCAAAAAUCCAUCAUCCACCACGGUCGACACUACAGCACGAAAUGACCUCGAAAGUACAAGUCAUUUCAGGCCAAUUGUGGUAGAGAAAGAGAGCAUUGCCUACAAAGCUCGCAACAUCAAGUUCGGCCGCUGGUCACUACCCGUAAAACAAAACAUGGGCACGCAUGCCACGUCGCCCAAUCUUUCACGACGACUGAAAGCUGCACAGGAGCACGUCCUGAAAAUGUUUCUAAAGAAGACCCCUCCCUCCCAACGUCCCGACGUGAAAUACCCGAAGUGGAACAGACACACAGAGGUCCGAUUGAAAGCUCUCUACGGCCAUGCACUGCUGCCCCUAGAAAGCCCAAACUCGGAAGCGAUAUCAUUUGUUCCUGCACUACCAGGUCUGUCCUCCCUGUUCACCGACGAAGGCUUCAAGACGAGCUUCACCACGCGACCACUUUUGUGUUAUGAGUUCAUCGCCCAGCCCGGCCCAAGUAACUACACCUCGGAUCUCUUGCCAUACAAGUUCCCCAGGCUCAUAGCCUACUUCCGGUUCAUAGAUGGCCAACAAGGAUUGUCGAAACUUGUCCUUAGCUUUGAUGCUGGAAAUCAUCAAGUACUACUCCCCGAAGAGGCUGUUGACAUCCGGUUCAAGACCUCCCAGAGCAUACAAAUGAACAAUUCUCGACAGGCCCAUGACACACGUGAAUUACGUGAGCAUGUCGUGGCGAAUCUGCAAAGUGGCGGACGCAUAACCGCCCCAGAUAUCACUCUGGACAUUCCCAAGUGGACGGUCGAAGGAAUGGAGUUUGACGGAAUCGACGAUCUCACCAAGACCAAGUUCCAGUUUGUCGGCGUUACGUUCACCCAGAGUGUUUGGGGAGAGCAUGACGGCAACCCGGCGACGUACUCUACGAAACAGAGCGGCAAGCUAGGCGCUAAGUAUGGACAAUUUGCGACCGUUUACGGGGUAAACCGCUUGGCGAGGCCUGUAGCUAUCGAUGACCCACCGAACGCGAUUAGGGAGUUUGUCGCGAAUGCGUUCAAGACGGCAGGCACGAUUACCAAAGCUGCUGCCACCAGCCAGGCGGGGCCGAAGAAGCUAGAAAUAAAGCCCAAGAAGCGACAGCAUUCGGGUGAACGCGUUCAACAGAAUCGUCAUGCCGUCUCCCGUAGCGCUCGAGACGCAGCCAAACUCGACGAACCAUGGACGCCGUCCGAUACGCAGAUCCCUCAGGCCGCCAUGGACGACCCGCAUCUGUCCAAUAUGCUCAAUGACCAUGCAUCCUCAAAAGAGCACAUCGACGCGAACCCCUCUCCUAGCCGGGAGGUGCCAACCGAAGAAGAAAUGAAACGCAACUUCGGAUCUGCGGCCUGAAAAGACAGUAUAUUAGCAUUGUUCCGGCGCGUUCGGUGUAGGAUAGUGACCAUGGCGCGGCGUUCUGUUUUCUUUUUGUGUAUGUAUUGCGGGAUUGGAUAGACGGCUGUACUGCAUCGUAUUGUACUAUUACUGUAAGAUACCAUACCAA